AUGGCGUGGACGCGGCAAGAGGAUCUGUGGAAGAUGAUCGGCCCAGCCUUUCUGGUGUCGGUACGGACGGCCGGCGCGCUGCACGGGAUGCGACUGGCGAAGCACGGCGGACGAGAAGGCCCGUCGCCGCGAUUUCGCACCAGGGUUCCCCCGCAUUCGCCGUCUGGGCAUUGGGCCCUGCCGGCGUUCAUGCCGAUGGGAAUCCGUGAGGAAAAUUUUGUUGGCAGCUCGCCGCAUGAGUGCUGCGCACUGAAGUCGAAUUGGGGUUUCGCUGGUGGGACCAGGUUAUGGAGCGCUGUGAGCUGCGGCGUAGGUGCAACCGCUCGCUUUUCCACCUGCGAUCAGAAAGUUACCACGAAUCGUGCACAGACAAUGCCUGGGUUGGGACGAGAAUGA